GAAAAGCCAAUCGUGGAAUGAGUUGGGCAAGACUUCGGUAAAUAAAUUGCGUGAUUGACGGCCUAAUUCCAAUUGAACGUUGAAUCUUUUCCCACGAGCCGCAAGUUUCUCCAAUCCUCGUUGGCAUUUAUAAUGUAUCCUAAGGUGGAUCUUGGAUGCUGCUGCAGUGCUGCUUUGAAACCAGAUUGCCCAUGGCUGAGUGUACUUGGCAAUAGUCCUGGGAAGAAGAGUGCACCCGACGAGUAACCUCAUCCGUCGUGCGUGCAGUGUCUGGAGAUGACAACGAAGAGGAAACUUAUUGGCCGCCUGGUGCCCUGCCGAUGUUUCCGGGGUGAAGAAGAAGUCAUCUCAGUGCUGGAUUAUUCCCACUGCAGCCUUCAACAUGUACCAAAGGAGAUAUUCAAUUUUGAACGAUCUUUGGAAGAACUUUACUUGGAUGCAAAUCAAAUAGAAGAGCUCCCCAAGCAAUUGUUCAACUGCCAAGCCCUCCGCAAACUAAGUGUUCCAGACAAUGAUCUUUCUAAUCUGCCCACCAGCAUUGCCAGCUUGGUGAAUCUAAGAGAACUAGACAUCAGCAAAAAUGGUAUUCAAGAUUUUCCAGAAAAUAUUAAAUGCUGUAAAUACUUAUCAGUCAUUGAAGCCAGUGUUAAUCCCAUUUCCAAACUUCCAGACGGAUUCACCCAACUGUUGAAUUUAAUGCAGCUCUACUUAAAUGAUGCAUUUCUGGAAUUUCUUCCAGCUAAUUUUGGAAGACUUACCAAGCUGCGCAUUCUGGAGCUAAGAGAAAAUCAUCUGAAAACUCUACCAAAGUCAAUGCACAGACUGACACAGAUAGAUCGAUUGGACCUAGGCAGUAAUGAAUUUACAGAACUGCCAGACGUCCUGGAACAGCUACAAAGUCUGAAGGAGCUAUGGAUGGACAAUAACUCAAUACAGACAUUACCUGGGCCUCUCGCAAAGUUGAAACAUCUGACCUACUUGGAUAUGUCGAAGAACAGAAUAGAAACCAUUGAGUCAGAUAUUUCUGGAUGUGAAGGCCUCGAGGACCUCCUGCUUUCAUCCAAUAUGCUGCAACAGCUGCCUGACUCCAUAGGAUUAUUGAAGAAACUAACAACGUUGAAGGUGGAUGACAACCAGCUAAACAUUUUGCCCAACACAAUUGGAGGUCUUUCUGUCUUGGAGGAGUUUGACUGUAGCUGUAAUGAACUCGAGUCACUUCCCCACACUAUUGGAUACUUGCACAGCCUCCGAACCUUUGCCGCUGAUGAAAACUUCCUGGUAGAGUUGCCCAGAGAGAUUGGGAGUUGUAAAAAUGUGACUGUUAUGUCUUUACGGACAAACAAACUGGAGCGAUUGCCUGAAGAGAUUGGACAGAUGCAAAAACUGAAAGUGUUAAAUUUAAGUGAUAACAGGUUGAAGAAUUUGCCAUUCAGUUUUACUAAACUUAAAGAACUGGCAGCGUUGUGGCUAUCUGAUAACCAGUCCAAGGCUCUAAUCCCUCUGCAAACAGAGUCUCAUCCAGAAACAAAACAAAGAGUGCUGACAAACUAUAUGUUUCCUCAGCAGCCACGUAACGAUGAAGUAGAUUUCCCUUCUGACAGUGAUAGCUUCAACCCAACCUUGUGGGAAGAACAAAGGCAACAACGUAUGCAAGUUGCUUUUGAGUUUGAAGAGAAGAAGGAAGAAGAGGAAGCUUCUGGCAAUGUCAAGGCUGAAAUAAAUCUUAAACGCUAUCCUACCCCUUACCCAGAAGACCUGAAAAAUAUGGUGAAGUCUGUUCAGCACUUGGUAGGAAAACAUAAUCAUGAAGGAUCUACUGAAAAUUCGACAGGUGCCACAAGUAUAGAACAUCCUAUAAAAGAAAAAUAUGAACAUAAGUGGCCUGUGUCGACAAAGGAAGCUACACUUGAGAGAUCCUUAGGUGAUUCACCAAAUGAUUUGAGAAUGGGAGAACUGCGACCUGCACUUACUGAAACUCCACUAUUCAAGCCCAAAGUUGUCCUGUUAGGUAAAGAGAAGAAAGAAUCAACAGAUGAAUCAGAGGGAGACAGAAUCAACAACAGUGGCUCCUCAGGCUCGUACUCAGAUUACUCACCUUCCCAAGCAUCUUCAGGUUCUUCUGGAGCACCUAUUAAAGUCAGCACAUUGCAGACUGCAGUGAAAGAUGGUGUAGCAGCUUCUUCGUGGGGAAACAGCAGGUUAACACAAACAUUUCAACAAAACAUUGAAGCAAAACCUUUGCUCAGCCAGAGGGAAACAGCAUCAACAGCAAGUCUACAACAACGUGCUGAAAGGCGCCCAGUAAAUGAUACUUAUUCUGAUAAGUGGAAUGACAACUCACAUUAUGAUAAUACAGGUUUUGUCUCAGAAGAGAGCACUUCAAUCUUAGAUAAUCCCAGUGCCAACCCUUUAAUAAGCACAAAAUCAAGGAGCACAUCUGCCCAGGGGCGUAGGCCUUUAAUGAGACAGGACAGAAUCGUAGGAGUUCCACUGGAAUUAGAACAUGCAGUGCACAGUGUCAGAAAUACACCUGAAACUGAAGUGCCUCCAACAAAUCCUUGGCAAAACUGGACCAGAACACCCAGUCCAUUUGAGGAUAGAACAGCAUUUCCAUCAAAGUUGGAGACGACUCCUUUCAGCAGUCCUAUUCCUGAUAGAAAAGAUUUGGAACAGCCAACACGUGGAAUUACCGAAUUUUCCAGCACAUUUUCAUCAGGUUCUCCAUGGAGUUUUCUCAAUUCUAGAGAAUCUAAUUUAAGUAGAGGUCAUAUGGAUAAAUUCACACACACCUGCAGACCUGAGUCUGCUAAGAGUGCUAUUAUUGUCAGUAAGAGUACAGAGAGACUUGCACCAAUGAUGAGAUCGGUUAAAGCCAGUCAGUUUAAGAAAUCCCAAAGCAUUGAUGAAAUUGACAUUGGGGCCUUCAAGAUUUAUAACAUACCACUGGACAGUUAUGGUUCCAGCUCAGAAAAUCCUGGCAGCAUUGAUAUACCAGAGCAAAUGCCAGCCCAGGAGCAAGGAAUGUCACGCAGCCUUUCUGCUCCAAUGUUGGAUGAAGAUUUAUCAGAAACAUAUGGAAGCAUAAAGAUCUCUCAAAAAAUUCCAAUUACAAAAAAAGUGUACCAUUUUGACCAAAGUUUCAACCCCCAAGGUGCAGUAAAUGUUAAACCUGAGAGACGAGUAACCACCUCUUUUACACAUAAUGUUGACUAUGGUGUCCAGCAAAGCAAGAAUACUUCAAAAGAUAUCAUUAAUCCACGCUCCUUCAGAGGUUAUGAACCUAUGGAACACAUGUAUUCAUUCUCACAGCCUUCAGUAAAUGAUGAACCAAUGAAUCCUCGGUUUUCAACUCAAGGGGACAGGGUUGGAUUCUUAAGAAGGGGUGACUCCCUGGCAACCUCCACAGAAAUGGCAUUGCAUCGAAGAGUUAGUGAAGCUCCAGAGAUCCCCCAAAGUGACAGAUAUGUCAGGACUCACUACAGAGGAGUUUUAGAACAUCAGAACAGUGCAUCAUUGGUUGAGUCACAAUAUCUCAAAAGAAACGGAAGAUAUGAUGAAGACUAUUCAACGUUUCAAGACUUGAAAAAUCAGGGUAGGAAUUUCCAAGAUAAACCUUUGACUCAGAGGAGGCCUUUGUCUGCAAGGAGCUACAGUACUGAAAGCUAUGGGUUUUCCCAAACCAGACCAGUUUCAGCAAGGCCUACCAUGGCAGCUCUGUUAGAGAAGUUACCUUCAGAUUAUAACAUCACUAACUACAGUGAAAAGCCUUCAGAGAGCAAUGAUGUAAGAAUCAGGUCCUCACAGUUGAAAGGCGAUGAGAGCACUGCUAAAAUACCUCUAGACUGGAGACAACAACUGCUCAGGCACAUAGAAGCAAAAAGGUUAGAUAGGACGCCAUCACAACAGAGCAAUGUUCAUGACAGUGAACUGGAAGAUAUAUCUCCAACUAGUCAGUGGAAUUCAUAUGCAUUGGGAAGAAGGGAUGUGCCACCGGAGAACAUGAUAAAAAAGCUUCCUGAAUCUUUGCCUAAUGGGCUGAAUUACCCACAGGCAGGUAGCCACCCUCAUCAAGGGCAAAGUGCAUUAGGGUCUUCACCGCAAAGCUUACAGCAUCGAUCCAGGGAACAGCAGUAUGAAGGAGCUGUGUCGAAGGUGACACUUCAGCAGUAUCAGAAACCUUUGCAGAUUGCCAUUUCAUCAACGCAGAACCUUGCCAGUGCUCGAGCAGCUCAACCCAGCAGAUGUCUAACAAGCGUUAAGCCACAAAAGAGUACAGAAAGCUACCAGGAGCAGUUUUGUGUGAGAAUAGAGAAGAACCCCGGUCUUGGCUUCAGUAUAAGUGGAGGAAUAAGUGGACAAGGGAAUCCAUUCAAGCCAUCUGAUAUGGUUGAUGCCAGCUAUCAAAGGAUGAGCAGAAGUCAGCUACAGAUGGUAAAGGGAAAUGGUGGUAUCUUUGUUACUAGAGUGCAACCUGAUGGACCAGCAUCCAACCUGUUACAGCCUGGAGACAAAAUCCUCAAGGCCAAUGGGCAUAAUUUUAUACAUAUGGAACAUGAGAAGGCAGUCUCACUUCUUAAGAGUUUCCAGAAUACAGUGGAUCUGAUAAUCCAACGUGAGGUUACAACUUAGAAUUUAAUUGAUUUUUCUGUAGAAAAAUGUUUAACCUAUAAGAUUAAAAUCCUUUACUGCAGCUUCCUGUGAAAGGAAAGCCAGGCAAUUUUUUCCAAUUUUUUUUGCCAAUUGCUGGACCAAUGGCAACACUUGUGCCAAACUUAUUACUAAGGUACUUAUCAACCAGUAUUAUAAUGUUUAAUAUUUUAUCUUCACAAAUGUAUCAUUUAUGAAAUUGAUGUUUAUGUGGUGAUUUUUCAGCCUGUCAGCUAGAGGCUGUGAAAUGGCAGGUCAUUUGGUGCAAAUGUUUAUAUAUAUUUAUUACAUAUAUAAUCAUUCAUUUUCUGAGUGGAUUUUUUUUGUUAAGUAUCUGAGCACCAAAAGCACAUAUGCUCUUGAGGAAUUGCACCACCAUUAAACACUGCCUCAAACUUGUACAUGUCCUUUUUUGUAAAAAGCAAAAAUGCAUCAACAAAUGCAAAUGAACUAAGAAAUUUAAAGCUAUUUUCUUAUCAAUAAUUGAAAGAGAAUUUGGACUUGGAGGGUUCAGCAAAUGAUGUUAUCUGUUUCAUAAAAACCAAUCCAAAAAAUAACCAUGAAGUUGGAAAUGUAAGAUGCUUUUAUACACAUCUAUAAAAUGGAGUAAAAGAUUUUUUUAUUGCCUUUCUUUGAAAAAUUCUGAAUAUGGAAGGGAUGUUGGAGCAGAAAUAAAAAAAAGUUUUUAUUUAGAAUACCACCCCAAUGUUUAUUUCAAAAAUAACAUUGAUGAAAUGUUUUUAAAACUCAAAGCACAUCAGUACAAUAUUCAUAAGCAGCCAAAUUACCCAUCAGAUGUUUGGUCCCUUUUAAAAUUUAAGAGAAAGAAUUGAAUUUAAUCUGCAUGUGCAAUAUGCAUUUGUUCAUAUUCUGAUACUCCUUUCAUUUCCCUUGUUGUCAUAUUGCACAGCCCUGCACCAGUACCAGAAAAGGUACCCCUAAGUGUGUUCAUUUCUAACCACAACAUAACCAAAAGGUUGCAACUGCCCUUCAACAAAUCUGUUCAUUUUGAGGGAAGAAUGAAGGUCUGCAAACUCUCAGGUUGUCUCAUUUCACCUGUCACAUGUGGUUGAAUUUAACAAGCCACAUAUAAAUGAUGCUGUCCAUAUAGAGUUAACUAGAAUCAUUCUGGGCUCUUUAGACAAGAGCAGCCAAUGAUGCAGACAAUAUUUUUAUAUAGAGCAGGGAUAUUGGCAUUUAGGUUAAUAUGCAAGGUUCAUUUUACUACAA